GCUCUCAGCUGUUGGAAUCUGUCGUGCUGUAGAAAUGAUGGAGAGAAACUCCAGGAGCUUGUCUCACCCCUUAAGGGUUUCACAAAGGAAAAGCAAAAGUUCGUUGGUCAAGGAAGGCAAUGCACGGAACAGGGGGUUGAGACCCAGGAGAGGACGGAGUCUCAGGGCAAAGGAGGGGAAGACUGUGCGGGAGGAAAGAAAGGUGAUGCAGAAGCCUCAGGGUAACGCAGACAGCCAGGCUAAGAACUUGCUCGGAGCCGCUGAGCCCGUGACAAGGUCCACUGUGGUGGACGUGGAUCAUGUGCUCAGCUCGGACGACGAACAAGCAGCUCUUAUGGAAAUCGAGACACAUGAGGAAGGUUUCAAGCAAAGAAGCCCAGGCAUCUGUGAGUGGCUCCUGAUGCUCCUCUGUGUGCUGCUGCUCCUUGUCUCAUUCCCGGUCUCUAUCUGGUUCUGCAUUAAGAUAGUCCAGGAAUAUGAGCGUGCUGUGAUAUUCAGACUGGGUCGCCUGCUGCCAGGGAGAGCCAGAGGACCAGGUCUUUUCUUCCUCUUGCCAUGUCUGGACACUUACCGCAAGGUGGACCUUCGUGUCAAGACCUUUGAAAUCCCAUUUCAUGAAGUGGUCUCCAAAGACAUGGUGACCGCAGAGGUGAAUGCUAUCUGCUAUUAUCGGACGGAGAAUGCCUCACUCUCGCUCACGAGCGUGGUCAACCCCUCUAGUGCUGUCUCACUGCUGACACAAACCAACAUUAAACGAAUCUUGGCACAUUGGAAAUUCAGUGAAAUUCUCCUUCAAAGGAGACAUAUUGGUGAUGAGAUUAAGGUGGCAUUGGAUGCAACAACCUGUCACUGGGGAAUUAAGGUGGAACAGGCUGAAAUCAAGGAUAUCCGUCUACCAGCGGAACUCCAGCACUCACUAGCAGUGGAAGCAGAGGCAAAUAGACAAGCCAAAGUCAAGGUGAUCGCAGCAGAAGGAGAGAAGCAGGCCUCAGAAGCACUGAAGACCGCGGCAGACAUUCUGUCUGUAUCUCCAGCUGCUGUUCAGCUCCGUUACCUUCACACACUUCACAACCUCUCCACUGAAAAAUCACCCACCGUCAUCUUGCCACUGCCCUUUGAUCUCUUUAACAUCUUGUCCUCCUCUCCCCAUAAACCUUUAGCGGCCAGUGGUGCAGCAGCAGAUGUACAGAGACCUGCAGAGCCUCAGAACAAAGAAACAAAAACCGACUCUCAAAUGUUGUAGCAUCUGGACCAAAGCAGUACCCGAUAAGACAAAAGCUAUGAUAAUAAUAUUCCUUAAUUUUGUAUCGACCCUUAUCACGUCAAGAAGGACAUCUCAAAGCGCUUCACAGCAAUUACUGUGUAGUGGAGUGAUUGCGGAUUUGUAGGGAAAUGCAGCAGCACAAUUGCGCACAGCAAUGUACCAGAAACAG